UAAUAAUGGGAGUAUCUGUUUUUUUCUUAUGUUUCUGUUGAACUCGUUGAGCUCUCCGGGUAAUCUCAGCUGCUCAUUAGCGGCAGCUGUGCGUGACGUCUUCGCCGUGGUGACGAGACGUGACGUGUCUCUGUCAACAGAACAAUGGCGGAUACAGUGGAGGAAUCGCAGGGAAGCUGGGACCAGGAUUUAGCUGAGGCUCUGGACUCUGGUGGGUCGGACAGUGAGAUGGAGAGGGGCAUCAUGCAGAUCCAAGAGCAUUCAGUUGAACACAGAGCCAAAAUGUGGAAGAUUGCUCUGAACGUCUCCGGAAAAGGAGACAGCCUGUCCCCGUGGGACGGUGUGCUUGAUUUACCAGAACAGACGCUCAUUCACAACCGCAGUCAGCAGCUGAUUGACCAGCUGGGAGUUUCAGAGGAGGAGAGGGGCGAGAUGGUGUCCGACGUGGAGUCGGUCAUCACGUUCUACUGCAAGUCUCGCAACAUCACCUUCAGCCCCGAGCUCAGCUUGCCUCACCUGCUCAAGCCGCUGCUGGGGCUGAAGUUGCCCCGCAGCGACCUCUACAACUGUUUCUACGCCAUCAUGAACAAAUACAUCCCCAGGGAGUGCGUCCCGAAAGGCCGACCCUUCCACCUUUACAGACUGUUGCUGCAGUACCAUGAGCCGGAGCUGUGCUCCUUCCUAGACACCAAAAAGAUCACACCCGACUCCUACGCCAUCAACUGGCUGGGGAGUUUGUUUUCUAGUCACUGCAGGCCCGAAGUUACUCAGGCCCUGUGGGACUCGUACCUCCAGCAGGCAGAUCCUUUCCUCAUCUUCUUCCUCAUGCUAAUCAUCCUCGUCAAUGCCAAAGAAACCAUCCUUGCAGAAGAAGCAGAGAGCAAAGAGGACAUCAUCAAAAUGUUGGAGAUGUCUCCUUCUCUGCUGGAAGCAGAAGACAUUGAAGAUUUGUUUUCAUUGGCCCAGCAUUACCAGAGCAAAACCCCGCUGUCACUUAGAAAGAUGAAUCACAAUCUGUUUGGUAGCAGCCUGGUGGCUCUUAAAGAGGAAGAUACUGACCUGAGUCAGGCUCUCUGUCUCCCUGUGUCUGUCCCAGAGAUCCUGCAGGCAAACCAGCUUCAGCAGGACGGGGUGCGCUUCUUUGUGGUGGACUGUCGACCUGCAGAGCAGUACAAUGCUGGACACCUGUCCACAGCCUUCCAUCUGGACUCUGACCUGAUGCUCCAGAACCCGUCUGAGUUCUCUCUGUCCGUGAAGUCCCUGUUGGAGGCUCAGAAGCAGUCUUUAGAGUCGGGCUCCAUCGCCAGCGGAGAGCACCUGUGCUUCAUGGGCAGCGGGAGAGAGGAGGAGGACAUGUACAUGAACAUGGUGCUGGCCCAUUUCCUACAGAAAAACAAAGAAUAUGUGAGCAUUGCCAAGGGAGGCUUUAUGGCCCUCCAGAAGCACCUGGUGGACAUGAACGUUGAAGGCCUCGACUCUUCAUACAUGAACUGGAUAGUCAGCACAUCUGGAUCUCACAGCAGCCUCAGCUCUGUGGAUGGAGAGUCUUUGAGCAGCCCUGGAGACGGCAAAGGCGUGAAGUCUCUGGUCAAUAAAAUGACUUUCGCUCUCAAGUCCAAGUCUGUUAACGUAAGGGAGAAGAUGAUCAGCUUCAUCGAGAACACGUCUACGCCUGUAGACAGAAUAUCUUUCAAUCUGCCUUGGCCAGAGAAGGUGAUUCCAGAUCGACACGUGAGCAGCAGUGACCGUGUUGGGAAACCGUACCGGGGCGUGAAGCCGGUCUUUAGCAUUGGCGACGAAGAGGAGUACGACACAGAUGAGAUUGACAGCUCCUCGAUGUCAGACGACGACCGAAAGGAGAUUGUGAACAUUCAGACGUGGAUCAACAAGCCCGACGUUAAACACCACAUUCCCUGUAAUGAAGUUAAAGAAACCGGUCACAUGUUUCCCAGUCACUUAUUGAUCACGGCGACCCACAUGUACUGCCUCAGGGAGAUUGCCUCCAGGAAAGGAUUUGCUUACAUCCAGUCCAGACAGGCGCUGAGCUCCGUGGUGAAGAUCACAUCCAAAAAGAAGCACCCCGAACUUAUCACCUUCAAAUUCGGGACCAACAAUUCAGCUGGGGUGGAAAUAUCUGCAGUUGAGAGAUAUUUGAUACCAAACGCAGGCGACGCCACAAAAGUCAUCAAGCAGCAGAUCAUGAAAGUAUUGGACGCUCUGGAGAGCUCGUGAGCGCAGGCUGCGGUCGCAGCAGGUCACACAAACUGUGAGAAGACUCGUCUCCUCCCUGCUCCCCCGUUCCUGGGCGUCCUCCCUCCUGGACAGAUCCCAGUGCAGUGUUUGACUCCCACGCCCCUCUGGCCCCCAGUGUCUCCCGCUCCUGGGACGUUUUGGGACGCGCCGCCAACAGCAGGCCUGCGGGUCAGUGCUGCCCGUGUCCGAAUAACUUAGGUGCUCCGCAGUCAUCCAACCACUUUCCUGUGAUUAAUUUAAGAAAAAUGGGUUAUGUCGUGUGUUCUUCCUUUUACAGUGCAGUUUGGCUUUGAUGUUGCUCUGGCCUUAACGUAGCAUACUGGCCACCCAGUGGCGAAUCUAUAAAACCCAUGCAUAACGGAC